AUGGUCACGUCACCUCCUUCCCCACUGUCAGCUCAUAUGGAGCAAUUCACCAAUUCCAUAUUUGAAAUCAAUGCCACAGAAGACGCCAACAUAUUCGACUGCUCGACGAUCAAAUUCGAUAGGAAAGGGAAUUUCAGUGUAAUGGACCAACUCAUCAUCAUCCCCAAAUCCGACAAAACCAAAUUCAAAACGAUAAAAAAAGUGGAGAACGAAGAUGACUGA